ACGUCAUUGCCGUUUCACUAUAAAAACUACGGAGUGGGCGUUGUGUGGCUGGUGCUUUGCUUUUGUUGAGAAAGUUAAAAAAUGGUGCAGCAACUCUCGAAAUCUGGGGCGAAGGAGUCUCCUCUACUGAAAGCUGGCCACCCUCCAGCAGUAAAAGCUGGAGGUAAACGAGUGGCAAAGAAGAGCCUGGAAGAGAAUGCCACCCAUGGGACUCCAGAGAAAGAGACCAAGAGGCCUGAUAAACUGAGGUCCCCUGCCACCUCCAGCAGGAUGCAGCAAGUUAGUAUCCUUCUGGCAGGAACGCUCGAUAAGCUCGGCCAUGACUUCCCAGAAACACCAGUGAGUGUGAGGCACAGCAAAGUGCGGCCUGCAGUGGAGAAGUCCCACUCACCCAGGACCUUCUUCAUCCAGCAGCCUCGCAAGUGUUGAACCAACAUGUUGAGCGCGGCCCUGAGGGGAACCUUGUUAUGCCACCUGUGGGACACAAACAGGAAGUGUCAGACACAUGAAGGCACCGCCAUGUUGUCUAUGAAGUGUCACUGUUAAAUGUUAUGGAAAAGGUAUAGGUUUCAAGCUCUGUAUGUGCUGACCUUACUACUUCUAGAGGUGAAAACUGGCUUUCCCAAGGCUACUGUCUCUGAGUUAUAUAAACCAGCAUUUAAUGUGCCUUCCUUUAGUGUUAGUAUGAGAAUUGCUGCAUUUGUAAUAACCAGUCAACUAAAAGUACAUGGGCAUUUGGAUAUCAGUAAGUCGUUUUGGGGGGGAAAGGUGAGGCUUUUGAACUUUUUCUGUAUCUUCAGUCAAAGAUUCACUAUGACUUGCUUGGCACUUGUGCAUAGCUUGAAUAAAGGCAUUGCAUGGCAUCGCC